AUCCGGGUCUUCUUUUCCGUACCUGAAAGCAUAGCAGCAAGAAUCGAGUUGCCAGAUUCCUUCUACAACCUAUCAGUUUCAGAGCUGAAGAGAGAAGCUAAUACAAGGAAGAAAAAGAUUGAAGAAUCGCAGCUAUUGAUUCCCAGGUCUUACAGGGAAAAGCAGGCAAAAGCUGCCAAGAAGAAAUACCGCAGAGCUAUUAUCCGCAUCCAGUUUCCUGAUGGAGUGGUGCUCCAAGGUGUUUUUGGUCCAUGGGAGCAAACAACUGCUCUCUAUGAGUUUGUGAGCUCGGCACUGAAAGAACCCAGUUUAGAGUUUGAGCUGUUACAUCCUGUAUUAAUCAAACGCCGAGUGAUUCCAGCAGCAGGACAGAAACCUACCACAUUAGAAGAAGAGGAUUUGGUCCCGUCGGCGCUUGUCAAAUUCAAACCUAUCGAGACAGAUUCUGUUGUCUUCACAGGGCUCUGUAAUGAACUCCUGGAAAUUAUUGAACCCCUUGAAUGAUGCAGAAAUUGCUCCAGUAUUGUUCUUCACUGUUUCUGUACCGGGGCAUAUCGCAUUAUGAUGGUCUCCUCGCAUUGAUCUCACAAAUCUUCAGCUGGUUUUGCUUAUGUCUGAUCUUUUUUUGGACCCUAUAGAUAUAGAAAGUAGACUGUAAAUGUCAAUUUGUGCAUUUGUGUUAUUUAUGUUCUUCACCAGUACCAAAAAUUGAU